CCAGCUGCAACGCCGUGUCCUGACCCAAGGCUCCUGGGAUGUCACGCCGCAGCCACCAACCCGAGCCUGGCGACCUGAUCGAGAUCGAGCGAGGAAGUUACCAGCACUGGGCCCUCUACGUGGGGGAUGGAUAUGUCAUCCACCUGACGUCUGCAGAUGAAGGGACCCCAUCCCUGUCGGUGAGCACUACCUCAAUAUUUACAAGAAGGGCCAAGGUGAAGAAGCAGCUCCUAAAGGAGGUGGUGGGAACUGAUGAGUGGGAGGUCAACAAUAAGUAUGACGACUCCCGCACUCCCCUCCCCAUGGAGGAGAUCAUCAAGCAUGCUGAGAGCUACAUUGACAGGGAAGUGACCUAUGAUGUGCUCGGCAAAAACUGUGAGCACUUUGUGACAAUGCUCCGCUAUGGCAAGGGGGACUCCAGCCAGGUCAAGAGAGCAAUUCAACGGAUAAUCGUGUUUGCUAGCGAAGUAGUCGCUUCUGCAGUUGUUGUUGGUGCGGCUGUGACUGCUAUUGCUGUUCCUGUUGUUGGUUCUGUUGGUGCUGCUGUUGGUGCUGUUGUUGCUCCUGCUUCAGGUGCUGCUGCUGGUGCUACUCUGGGUGUCAAAGUUGUGAAGGCCUUGUUGUUGAAGGCAUUCAGGAAAAAGAGAAAGAGCAACUGAUGGGCCAUUUGUAAGACCUCCAAGCAAGGCAGGGAGCCCCAGGCUGUGGGUGGUCAUUCCCCAGUAUUUGCCACACCUGAUA